UCGGACGUAAGCUUUCCCGGAAGUGUGUCUCAAUAUUAGGAGACGUUUAAGGUACUCCGUGAAUCAACAGUCAAACCUGUUCCUUGAGUUAUUGUCACGUACAGUCUUUUAGUGUGUUUUGUAAACUGUAAAGUUUUGUGUUUGUAAACAAGAGAAGAAGCUUCAGCGAGCUUCAAACUUACCCUGAAGCGUAACGAGGUAAACUUUGUGAGGAUACACACGGACCUCCUGUAGAGACUUAUGAGAGAAUGGUCCAAAGAGUGCAGUAGUACUGGAUGCUCAUGAUGAAUCCACAGACCCUGUCCCUGAGAGCGCUGCUCUUCCUCGGGCUUUGGCACAGUGGGAGAAGAAGUUUAGCCUCUGCUCCAGAUCUCCAAGCUCCUCCUAAAAAGAUUGCUGUGGUAGGAGCAGGCAUCGGCGGCACAGCUACAGCGUUUUUCCUGAGACAGGAGUUUGGACCUGGGGUGAAGAUUGAUGUGUUUGAACCUGGAUCUGUUGGUGGGCGAUUGGCGACCGUGAAGAUGGGAGAUUAUGAGUAUGAGACAGGUGGUGCAGUGAUCCACCCUCUGAACCUACACAUGAAGCACUUUAUUGAAAAAUUAGGUAUUUCUGCAAGGAAAGAGGUGCCUUCUAAAAUGGCCAUCUUUGAUGGAAAGGAGCUCACAUUUGAAGAGAGUGACUGGUUUAUAAUAAACUUCUUGCGCCUACUCUGGCGAUACGGGUUCAGCUUCAUUCGUAUGCAGAUGUGGGUGGAGAGUAUUAUGGACAAAUUCAUGAGGGUCUACCAGUACCAGCAGUAUGGUUACUCAUUCACCACUGUGGAGAGGCUCCUGCAUGCCAUGGGCAGCGAUAGUUUCCUCACCCUGAUGAAUCAGACCCUGGAGGAGACGAUGAUAAGUGAUGGCUUUUCCCAAGUCUUCCUCAACGAAAUCGUCGCACCAAUCACUCGUGUCAACUACGGCCAAAGUGUUCGCAUCAGUGCCUUUGUGGGGGCGGUGUCGUUAGCUGGAGCAGAUUCAGGUCUGUGGGCAGUAGAUGGAGGCAAUAAGAUAGUGUGCUCAGGGCUGUUGUACCACAGCAAAAGUGAGCUCAUCCCUGCCAGAGUGACGUCAAUUUCUGUUAAGGCCCGGCCAUCCAAGACAGGCCCCACUACCAGUUACUAUGAGGUCAAUUAUGCAGAUGAAUCUGGCUCAGCCCACGCUCUGUAUGACAUCGUGGUGAUAGCAACACCACUCCACCAGGGUAAAUCUGACAUCACGUUCUCAGGCUUCUCCCCUCCAAUCCCAUCUCACUACCCUGGACGGUACCAUCAGACCGUUUGCACUCUGGUCCACGGAAUGCUGAACACGUCCUACCUUGGGACCUCUGUGCCUGCCUCAGAGUUCACCGUGUCCGAAAUCCUCACCACAGACUCGAAGGGCUCGGACAUCAACAGCCUUAGCUCCAUCGACCCUAUUCACAUCACACCUGACUAUAAACGCCCCCCUGCUAGCCAGACCAAAGUGUGGAAGGUGUUCUCCCCUCAGCCGCUGUCCAAGGACCAGCUGAAUGAAAUGUUCCUCUCCCGGGACUCAGUAUCCGAGACUCGUUGGUUGGCUUAUCCUUCUUACCGCCCGCCACACAGAAAGACCCCGCCUUACAUUUUACACAACCGGCUGUACUACCUCAGCGCUGUGGAGUGGGCUGCUAGUGCCAUGGAGAUGAGCGCCAUCUCGGCCAGGAAUGUUGCCCUGCUGGCGCACCACCGCUGGCACGGUCAGGUCGACAAGAUCAACCAAGAAGACCUGCACACCCGAAUAAGAGGAGAACUCUGAAUAAGAGUUUAGAGAAAUAAAAGUAGCACAUACAGGUAGUCAUGGAUAUGCCUGCUGCACUACGAAAACACUCCUGUCAGGCAAAUCCCAACUCUCUAUCAGGUGUCUGAGGUGCACGAGCCUCUUUAAGCACAACUCCUCUGGGUCUUAUUGUGGUGGUUUUGGCUAUUGUUCUAAUCUUCUACCUGCCAAAUUACUUACUGUGACCCUCAGAAAACUUGUUUACAAGUGAGCCCUAAACAUACUUUUGUGACCACUGUAAUCUGAGGUGAAUUAACCCUUUACACACAUGAAAACACUACUCUACCUUCCAAGAUCUCAGCAGUUCACUGAAGGGAGUGCAGUGUUUUAACCAGCCUUAAUUAACUUGACCAAAACUAAGACAACAAAUGAGAAAAUUGGUAAUAUUUUUUAGUGUGUUGAGGUCUUCAAAAUGCUCCUUUUCUCCACUAGACCUUGACAAUACAACAACAAGACUCCUCUUAAAACAUAGCAACAAAUCCUGAGAUUUAAGAGGCAGAACAACAAAGUCUUGGACAUUUCUGCUUCAAAAAUAACUGAAAACACCGAACUGGUCAUCAAAAUAGUUGAUGCUUUUAUUCUUUUAAUUGAUUAGAUAAACAAUGACAGAACAAUCGUUCCACUAAUCUCUUAUGCAAAUAAUAGUCAUCACUGUGAGCCAUGCUGCACUACAGGGUAAGCACACACUUGCCAGUGUUCCUCUGUCUACAUGAGAGCCUUGAACUAAGUGUUUUUAGAUCCAUUUAGAUUAGAGCUAACUUUUUAUAACUCAGUGAUCAGAUGCCACAAACAUUUUUAGCCUUUGGACAAAACUUUUCUUUGUUACACUACAAAAAAAAGUAAGUUUUAAGUAAGUGUUUUUCUGUUAUUUCUAGUAGGAAAUUUCCCAUUCAACUUCAUUAAAGCCUGUUAUCAGAUUAAUGUGGCUUAUUUGAUGACUAAUGAGAUAUUUCUUUAGUAGAAAAAAACCAACACUUGCUGAAUUUAGAUUUUUUUGCAGUGUUUAUAAAGCUGUCCUUUUAUUUGAAAGGUUUCUGUGUCUUCUGAUGAUUUCCUCUGUCCCUCUUCCUCCUCAGCAGUCUACUGUACAUGUAGUGAGUGAGUUCAGGCAGUGUCUUCUCUUUGUUAAUUAGAUUUAUUGUUGUCACUGUAAUGUUAAGAAUAUACUUGGACAGUCUAAUCACACUGAUGAGUUAUGAGGUGUUUGUAUUUGCUCUUGAAAAUACGAGUGUGCCUUAAAACAGAAUAUUUGGCUUCCAUUUUUACAUUAUGAUAAAUGUCCCUAUAAUUAAGAAAUCAGUUUUGUCCUUCGGGUCCUCUUUGUCAUCUUUCAUGACGUGGCCACCAGGACCAAACUGAAAACAAUAUGAUAUUUUUCUGUAUCUUGUUGUAUGCAUCAACAGGAUAUGUUUUGUUAAACCUGUGAUUUUUCUGAUGUCAUGUUUCUUAAACUAGUGUUCUGUCUUAGCAACUUUGAGAAGAUAAUUGUUGUCUGCUUUAUGUUCAUGAAGCACUUUUAGAGAUGAAAUAAAUAACCAUGUGAAGAGAUUAGACUGACUCCUUCUGCUCAAAUAAAAUGAGCCUUUUAACAACAAAUCUA